AUGAAUCCGGACGAAACAAUAUUGCCUCACAAUAAAAUUUUGGACAUUGGAGCGAACGACAUAGUUGUGAAUCCUCCCAAGAAUGUUUCGACUGUAGAGUUAUCUUUGACUCCAACACAAUCUCUCGUUCCAACUGCAUUCCAAAAGUCAAGUCAGUUGUCCGCAACUGAAUUGUUUACCUCUUCAAGCUUGUUCGUUGAUUCCAUCAUGACAGACGCAACAUCUGAUCAGGUGUUGGCUGAGUUGGCCGUCGAACCCAAGCCCGUAGAAGUGAAAGUAGACAAAUUUGUGGAAGAUGAUUCCCAACCUCAACGCUUUGAAGAGAUAUCUUUAGAAGACGACUCACAUCGAUCUCGAACUCCGGUAUCCGACUCGGAAAGGAAGGAUAAGAGAAGGCCUAAACCUUUCACGAUUAUAGUCAAUAAGGCUUCGCCUACAUCGUCUGUUCCGUCUUCUCCGUCCUCAUUGACAUUGAAACUUUCGAACGAAGAUUUGUCGUCAGAAGGCGAGGGGGAUGCUCAUGAACAUCAGUUAAAUAGACAAUCUUCUGGCCCUUUCUAUUGUGUUCCCAUAACGCCAGCCGUAUCCCAGAAGAACCUUGCUGAUACUGUCAAGGCGCAAAGAUCAUCGUCCGAUGACGGCAUGUUGCAAAUUCGCAAUCAGGGGCUGCCUACUGGGACCCGCUCGAGGUCGCUGACUAUGCUGGAUUCUUCGCGUCCAGAUCAUGACCACGAAAUGACGCGAACGAAUAGUCAUAGCAGGUUAGAAUUAGUGAUUAUCUCUAGCUGUAAAGAAUUCUUAAUAGUGAGGUCGAAAUGGUGUUCAUUGAUCACUUUCCGUCCAAAUGGGAAAUUAGAUUUUUCUUAUGGAGUACGAACAACGUUCACCCAUUGGAUCUUUACAUAUCAAAAACUAGACCAAGACUUGCCACCGAAAUCACCAGAAGAAGACAAAAAACAUCUAAGAGAACACGAGAUCAUGAUGCGUAAGGCACAACGAGCUGACGACAUGAGAAGUCAACGCGAGAACUAUGGUGGAAAGGAAUCCCUCCUCGAUGUAGAAGUUUGGGGUCUUUGCAUUGGAAAUGCAUUGGCUAUAACGCAAGCAACAUACGAUAUGUGUCUAGAUAGAGCGUUUGAAGUCAAAAGCGAAUCAACUGAUGGUUUGGGAUCGCCCACUCGCGUGGAUUCAGCCAAUAAAAUGGCAGAAAUAUUUGAAAACAUUGAGAAGGAUGUGUUAACUACGUUGCCAGCACUUGGACUUUUCCAGGGAGAGAAUCCAUUGUGUGAGAGCCUAAGGAGUGUAUUAGAAGCGUACAUCUUUUACUGGAAAGAUCCCAAAUAUGUUG